AUGUUUCCCAAAGCUGCGGAGUACUUAGAGAAUGGUCUUCCUCUUGAAAAAUGGGCACGGUGGAAUUUUAAAGGAGACAAGUACAACUUGGACACAAGCAAUGCCUGUGAAUCAAUGAACAACGUUUUCAAGAAGGCGAGAAAGUAUGCACUAUUGCCUUUGAUUGAUGCGUAUGUUGAGAAAGUGUCUGAAUGGUUCAACAUGUAUAGGAAUAACAUAGCUGGUGCAUCAUAUUCGAAGAAACGGGUGCCGUUUGUGGAAAACGAAUUGCAUAAACAAUGUGCAAUUGCGACCAAAUUAGAUGUGACUGAGCUAAAUCUACCUGGGCUUGAAUACAGUGUAGUUGGAGUUGAUGGGAAGAGCUAUCUGGUUAAUUUGGAUACAAAAAGCUGUGGGUGUCACAUGUUUGAUAUUGAUAAGAUUCCAUGUGUUCAUGCAAUAGCCGCAACCAUUGCAAUGAUGCGGACGUCCUCAAGAAGAAGAGACUUACACAUUUUCGAUUUAUGCUCGAGAUACUACUUGAUUGAUACUUGGGCGAUGGCUUACCACAGAACCAUCUAUAUGGUUCCGCAUCAUUCUACUUGGAUUAUUCCUGAGGAGAAUGACAGCAUGAGUCAUCUAUGGUCUCUGCUCGAGUUCCUUGGUGCAACAGUCACUGGCGAGUUCAGCUACUUCAUCAAUGCUCUUUUGAGUCUCUUCGUCAACUUCAAUAGUUUUGUCAAUGACUUUGCCAAGGAGUCUUUCUUAGUGAACAUGUCCUGA